AUGAUCCCGCGGAGGUCGCAGGGGCCUAUGCUUGUGACGCCUCCGCAUCCUGUGGAGGUCAAUGUGGGAGUGGGGUUGCGGCUCCACAACCCCAUGAAGGUCACCAUGGGAUUACGAUGCUUCCACAAAGGUCAACGUGGAAUCAUAGCGGCUCACUUUGCUAGUGUCAGGCUACCGGCGGAACAACAAAUUUUGCUCGUUACGCAUAUGGUUGCAUAUGCCGCCUAUGGCACACUGAUUACUGAAGCGGAUGCAUCAAAAGUUGGUGAUGAUGACUUGAUAGUCAAAGUGGGAAUGUGCAUGCAGGAACAAGUGAAAGCGAGGUCACUUUGUCACAAGAACAAUAUGACAAUGACAACAGACUUACAAAACUUUCAGGAUACUAGAAGGAAAAAUGCAACUAUUCCUAGUAGUGCUAAUUCUUUUAGCGAUGAAGAGGAGACAAGAUCAGCAUCAAUCUCCCUGUCUGCGGCUACUACAAAUAUUGUGGAUGAAGGAAUAGACUCUCCUUCAAGCGAGGAAACGGAAAAAAAUAUGAAAUGGAAUGAAAUUGUGGAGAGUUUUGAGCCUGAAGAAACCAAUAAAGCUAGAGGUCGGAAAAGAACAGCUCCUAGAGGAAGGGGUAGAGGUUCGACAUCAUCUUCAAAGAGAGGGUGGAAAUCAGACUUCAGUUUCAUCCACAUGUUUAUGAACAAGGAUGAUUAUGAUGAAGAUGAUGUAGAAUUCAGUCCAAAUGGAUUUCCGGAGUGGAUGGCUAUCACCAGCACCCCACGUGUUCGGCUCUGCCGCUCCCUCUUUGCAACCAAUCCACACAACUCCUCAUCCCCGGGCCCCACCAUCGCUCCCCAUAAACCAACAAACAAAAAUGAGCUACCCACAACCAAACCCAACUCCCUCCUUCCCCGUUCCCCCGUGGGCUCCUCAUUCACACCCUCCCCUCGAUCUACUCUCCACCACCUUCCAAUUAUCCUCCUCCUCCUCCUCUUCAGAUCUCCGGCCUCGUCCCCCUCUUUUCCCUACCACCACCCUCCGAUUAUGCGCCUCUUGUUGUUCUUGUGGCUGCUCGCUCUCGCCUGGCCGGCGGCAGCGACGGAAGUCAGCAGCGCCUACGAGGCGCUGCGCUCCCACGGGCUUCCCAUCGGGCUCCUGCCCAAGGGCGUGCGGGACUUCGCCAUGGACGACGACGGCCGCUUCGAGGCGCGUCUGGAUACUCCGUGCAUCGCCAACUUCGAGAGCGAGAUGCGGUACAACGCUAGCGUCGCCGGCACCAUCUCCGCCGGACAGAUCGCGGGCCUCACCGGCGUUGCCGCCCAGGACCUCUUCCUCUGGUUCCCUGUCCUCGCCAUCCGCCUCGACAACCAGACCUCCGGCAUCAUCCACUUCGACGUCGGCGUCGUCGACAAGCGCUUCCCCCUCUCCCUCUUCGAGUCCCCUCCCGACUGCUCCCCCGACUCCUCGCAGAGCCAACCGGGCGAGCUACGCUACCAACUCGAAGGCCAAGACGCCUCCAUCUGAAACCAUCGCAGUCGUCGGCGCUCGUCAGUAAUGGUCCUACGUAGCUUGGCUUUGGCUUGCUUAGAUGUAUAUGUCUGCUUUGUUUGUAGCAAACCCACCCACCCCCCUCUGCUCCUGUGAAUUCUCUUUUCUCCAUAGAAGAAUGAUGGCGAUGAGGGACUCGCCUAAUGUGCAAACACAAUUCGUCCAAGAACGGAUUGGAGAGCAUCCGUUCUUGGAUUAUAAGAGAUUCCCUAGUGUUCCUUUUUCCAACCAAUGGAUUAUACUACAGAUGUUUAUACCAGUUGCUACUCCCUAAUCACGAUCGCAACUAUCGAAUUAGUUGGUAGAAGGCGACGUGUAUGCAGUGGAUAGCCUGGGGGUUGAUCCACACCAAAUAUCUUUCCUAUAGUUUCUUAUUUUUGUGAGUGGUAAAUGAAUUGAAUCUUUCUGUAUAUGCUGGAACCAUCUGUCUGUAUGUAGUCAAAACCUAGGAAACUGUUGGAUCUUGGAAAAUAUAUAUUCUAUUGAUUGCAAGAAUGACACUCUUCUCUUU